GCUCCCACGCCUGCCAUGCCUGAACUCCUGGGGAAGCACCAUGGGACCGGUGCUCACCUGUAACAGCAGAGGACAAGAGCUUCAGACAAGCAGAGCAAAUACAGAAAAAAUCUCCAGACAUGUUCUGCAGAUAUUUUUCCUUCUUUGGUCUGUGUCUUUUCCUUCCAACCCAAAGGUAAGUCUCUCUGGGUCAUGGAUCCAGCUUGCAUGGCAGGGGCACAACGUCCCUCCCUGGAUUUGAGAACCUCACCAUGGGGUACAACAAAUACCUCCGGCCCUACUUUGGUGGAGAACCUGUACAAAUUGCAAUGAGUCUGGACAUUGCAAGUAUUUCUAGUAUAUCUGAAAGUGACAUGGAUUACACAGCCACCAUCGCCCUGCGGCAGCGCUGGACAGACCCUCGGCUGGUCUUUCAUGGCAACAAGAGCUUCACGCUGGAUGCUCGCCUGGUGGAGUUGCUCUGGGUGCCAGACACCUACAUUGUGGAGUCAAAAAGGUCCUUCCUGCACGACGUCACUGUGGGCAACCGCCUCGUCAGGCUGUUCUCUAAUGGCACUGUCUUGUAUGCCUUAAGAAUCACUACUACUGUUGCCUGUAACAUGGACCUCUCAAAAUACCCUAUGGACACACAAACGUGCCGAUUGCAGCUAGAAAGCUGGGGCUACGACGAGAACGAUGUCACCUUCACCUGGCUGAGGGGAAACAAUUCCGUGCAGGGCAUCGAGAAGCUGCGGCUCUCCCAGUACACGGUGGAGCACUACCACACCCUGGUCUCCAAGUCACAGCAGGAGACAGGCAGUUACCCACGACUGAUAUUACAGUUUGAACUGAGAAGAAACAUCCUUUACUUCAUUUUGGAGACCUAUGUGCCCUCCACUCUGCUUGUCAUGUUGUCCUGGGUUUCUUUUUGGAUCACACUGGACUCAGUGCCUGCAAGAACCUGCAUUGGAGUUACAACAGUGCUUUCUAUGACAACUCUGAUGAUCGGCUCACGAAGCUCACUUUCAAAAACCAACUGUUUCAUUAAGGCCAUUGAUGUUUAUCUUGGCAUCUGCUUCAGCUUCAUCUUUGGUGCCCUUGUGGAAUAUGCAGUGGCUCACUACAGCUCCUCACAGAAGUGUGCAGCUAAAGUACCAGAAGAGGGGCCUGCAAAUGAACUGACUGAAGAAAUGGAAGAAGUUAAUAUCACCAACAUCAUAAAAAAUUCCAUCACCAGCUAUAAACAGAAAAUCAGCUUCACAAGCAUUGAGAUUUCCAGUGAUAAUGUUAACUGCCAUGAUUUGACCAUGAAAAGUCAUGAGAAAAUCAAAUGUGUCUUGAGGAACAAAAUGCGCAGGAUUAUUGGUUAUUUCACAAUUCAGAACCCUGGCAAUGUGGACCACUACUCCAAAUUGCUUUUCCCUUUGUUUUUCAUGGUGGUCAAUGUAUUUUAUUGGGCUUAUUAUCUAUAUUUUUAG